GAAAGGAGUGAGAGAGAGAAUAGAAGUAAACUAGAAACCCUUUUUCUAACCAGAAGCCUGUCCAUCGGCACGCGGACCUCAACAGACCAUGAUUGCCAUUUGUCCAUACUCUCCACUGAUCACCUUCCUUCAAAAUAUUAUUCAAUCCUCCCUCCGUCAUCCAUGGCGGAUUCCACCUUCUUGUUUCUGACGCACACCUUACAAUAUUUGGAUAAUAAAUCAUGUCGGUAGCCUAAAUACAAAUUUCAACGCAUUUAUUUUGAAUUUGAAAAACAUGCACCUCUUCUUUCGUCUUCUUCUACAAAUCUCUGUGCAAACACAUGCCAAAAUCACACAUUUCGAUAUUUUAUUGCUCUGAAGGUUGCUGUAGUACUAUCGAUUUCUGCUUCGCUGAUUCUCACUGUCUAUCUACUACAUUUAAUUAAUUAAUGCUUCAAGAUUUCCGCAAUCCCAACUUUAGUUUCUCUCUCUUUCUAAAUUUUAACACCGGCAUCGUUUAUCCCUCUCCAUUAAUGCGUUUGCAGACUGCGAUGUUAUACAUGUAUGGAAGCGUAUUCAUAGAUCUGGCAAGUUUUGAUAUGGGUUUACAAGUCCAGGUGCAGCAGAGACAAUGAUACGAAAACUGGGUUUAGGGUUUGGGGGGAGAUUGAUGAUAUUGUGUUACUGACAUGGGCUGCAGACCUUCCAAAGUUGACGAUUUGCCAUUGGUGAUACGUUGUAGAGAGAGGAAGAGAUUGAUCAAGUCCGCCGCGGAUUACCGGUACGAUUUGUCUUCUUCGCAUCUGGCUUACUUUCAUUCUCUUAGAGACAUCGGUUUUGCACUUUCUCGAUUUGUUGAUGAACAGCUUGUAAUCCCCUCACCCUCUCCAUCCUCCCCCGUACUGACAUUGCCAUCUGAUCAAGGUAAGACUAAAAACAAUGGCUCCAUGUCUUCUGGUUCGAUUUCUCAUAUUCAUUCCAUAGAUGGUGGAAAUGGGGAUUCUGAAUCUGAUCUUAGUUCGUCUCUGGAUGGCCAUAUUCAUCUACAUGAUAGUGGUGGUUUUGAAAAUGAAAAACCCCGAUCUUCCUCGCAUAAUCGGCCCCAUCACUACAACGAAUUGGAUUCAAAAGACCCUUAUGUAAUGAACAGAGAGCCACCACCCUAUCAACCUCCUUGGGGACCAAACCAAACAAAUUUCAGUGAUCCUUAUGCAAUGAAUAGAGGACAACCGCCCUAUCAACCUCCAUGGGGCGACCCUUAUGUUGUGAACCCAUCUGCAUUCCCAUAUCAACCUCCUUGGGGACCAAACCAAACUAGUUGGGGCGAGAAUGACCCUUAUGUGAUGAACCCAUCUGCUUCACAAUAUCAACCUCCAUGGGGAGCAUAUCAAGAGAAUUUUGAUUCUCACAAUGAAUAUGGUGGAAAUCCCAAUUCAAAUCAGUAUGCUUCUUAUAUGAAAAAAUCUGCCCCAGCUACCCGCACUGUGAUUCAACCAGAGGAAGCAAGGGGCUUUCAAGAAACUAGGCAAUGGCCUGAUCCACCACAAUAUAAUCCAUAUGAAAAUGCAUAUGGGUAUGGGUUUUCUUAUGGAGGGGCACCAGCUCCCCAAGAACCUGAAAAACCCAAAAGUCCUCCACCUCCUCCUCCACCCAAGGAUUCUGAUUAUCUUAACUUUUUUGAUGCGUAUGAUAACGGGUACCCUGGUUUUGGAUACGGAUAUGGAUCCAUGGUUAGUAGUCCAGAUUCGAGUGAAGUGAGAGAGAGGGAGGGAAUUCCAGACUUGGAAGAAGAAACAGAAACCGAGUCCAAUCAUGAAGAAGUUCUAAAGAGGCACACCACUAAUAUAAAGAGAAAUUUAGGUGAAGGCACAUCAAGAUCAGUUGGAUUAGAAGAUAAUGUAGGUAGUUCAUGGAGGGAACAUUCUAGAAGAAUCCCACCAAGAAAAAGUGAAAUGGAAACACAUGAUGAAGCUACUUUGAAUUCAGUAGCAUCGGAAAAUAAUGAGAGAGCACAAUCUGUUGAAAUUGAAGUAGACAGGCAUAGUCCUGAGACAGUUGUUUCACAAAGCAUGGGGGAGGGGUAUGAGGGUAAAAAGGGAGUUAGUUUUGAUGUAGAUGAGGAAUCGAUACAUGAGAUUGAAUCCUCAAUGUUAAGUAGUUUGACAACAUUAUCUGUUCAUGGUUCUCGGGAUCUUCAAGAGGUAGUUAACGAAAUCAAGGAUGAAUUUGAGGUUGCCUUUGGUUACGGGAAAGAGGUUGCCUUGAUGCUUGAAGCGGGGAAGUUGCCAUAUCAAUCAAGGUUUGCAGUUCUCAAGGUGGCCUUAUCCAAGAUUCUGUAUCCUUUAGCACCUUCAGAGCAUCCAAUACAAUCUGUAAGAUCGUGUUCUCGGGUAACAAAAUUAGCAGGAUCUUAUAAUGUGGAUGCAGUUCCCAAUGUUAGGUCCAUCAACCUUUCUUCUACUUUGGAGAAGCUAUAUGUAUGGGAGAAGAAGUUAUACAAGGAAGUAAAGGAUGAAGAGAGGCUGAGGGUGAUGUACGAGAAAAUGUACAAGAGACUGAAUGAAUUGGAUGCAAAUGGAGCAGAAUCUAGUAAAAUCGAUGCUGCACAGGCUUCUAUACGGAGGUUGAUGACUAAACUAAACGUAUCCAUCAAAGCCAUUGAUGCCAUAUCUACCGAGAUACACAAAGUCAGGGACAAAGAACUGCAGCCACAAGUCAGCGACUUGAUCUACGGACUGAUAAGAAUGUGGCAAGCGAUCGUGAAAUGCCACCGAAAACAAUUUGAAGCCCUCAUGGAAAGCAGAAGCCCGAACUUUACGAACAACAAAUCUUGA